UCUCUGUCUCGCUCUCUCUCUUUUUCAUGCUCUUUUCUCUCUCGGGCUCUCACAGGCAGCGCAACAGGAGCAGGAGCGCCAGCGGAGGGAGGAGUGGGAGCGAGUGAGGAAGGAAGAGUUGUGGAGGAAGAGAGAAAGAGAGCAGGAGGAGAUCACUGUGCUCCGAGCCAAGAAGAAGAGUUUGGAGAUGGAGCUGGAGGCUGUGGGCAGCAGACACAAGCAGUUAUCAGAUGGUCUCCGUGACGCCCAGAGUAAGAGGCGGAUCCAAAGAGCGGAGAUCGAUCUCAUCAAUCAGCGGAGAGAUGGGCGUGCCUCCAAGAUCAACACCCUGCAGACACAGUUUGAGGACUACCAGAGGAAACUGUGUCAGUUGGUUCCACAGCAACAGAGACUGACAGAGAGACUCAAGAACAUGGGCUGCAACAACAUCCCUGCUGUGGCAAUGACCUCUGUAGGUGGCAGUGUUGCGGAGAAGGGCGUGGUCUGUCGGAGGCUGAAGGACCAAUUAGACACUCUGGAGAGAGAGACAACCCACAAGCUGGCCAUGAUGGACCACUACCAGCAAGACCUCAAGUCAGUCGAUAUGGAUGACUGUGUUCUACAGUCUCUUCUCUCGCUGCUGGGCUGUCUCAGUCAACUCUUCCUCCUUAUCAAGGACCUGAGGGAGCGGCAGGGGAAGCAGCAGGCUGUUCUGGAGGACCUCUGCCGGGUCAAGGAGCUGAAACUGAGAGAGAUGGAGAGAGGGAGAGAGGAGGAAAGAGAGAGAAAGAGGAGGGGGGAUGAAGAGGCUGCCAGACAAGCCAAGCUGGAGGGAGAGAGGAGAGAGGAGGAGGAGAGGAGGAGGCGAAUUGAGCCGCAGGAGAGAGGAGGACGCCAGCAUCCAGUGCUGAAUGCAGAGAGUUUAUUAACCCUGACCUCCUGCAGAGCCCUGUACCCCUUCAGCGCACGCAACGCUGACGAGCUCAGCCUGGACGCUGACUGUUUCAUAGUGGUAGAUGAUGAGAUGGUGGGGGAGCCUGGUUGGCUGUGUGGUAGUUACCGUGGGAACAGGGGCUGGUUCCCCCAGAGCUAUGCUGAGAGAUGCACCACCCCCCUUGCCUCUGACCUACUGCCCCCUUCCUGUCCAACACUACCACCCAGCCCGGGACUUCCUGACGGAGAGAUUGCAGGGGCAGGACGGAUCCCCGCCCCCAGCGUCACCCCCAUCAAAGACUCCUCCCAGGAAAACAACACACACACAGAACCUCUAUACACCGCUGUUGAUGAGUUGGAGAGCCCAGAUCCCAGCCAGCUAGAAGAGUUCGUGGCCCUGUUCACCUAUGAGAGCCCGGAGGCAGGCGACCUGACGUUCUCUGAGGGGGAUGUAGUCAUGGUAACAGAGCAGGAGGGGAGUGGUGGAGGGGCUGCAUUGGAAACCGGACCGGAGUGUUCCCUUCCAACUACGUCAAACCCAUGGAACCAGAG